ACAAUAUCACUUCGUCGACUGUUGAGUUACAAUGGGGAUUGGAGUAAAUAUACGGAAUUUGCAAUGUCUUAUUGUCUGGUUAAUUGUUCUUUCGUUUUCGAGUGUUGUUUCCAGUCAAAAAGAAUGCCCAUUGAACUGGGUUGAUUGCGGGAAUGGCGUGUGUAUACCGCAUAUAUUUGUAUGCGAUGGGCAAAACGAUUGCGGAAAUAACAAAGAUGAAGAAGAUUGUGGGACGAAAGCUAUCGUUCCGACUUGUCCUGAUGACAAAUUUCACUGUCAUGAUAGCAGCUACUGUCUUCCUCUCAAAUGGCAGUGUGAUGGCAACGAGGAUUGUGAAGAUGGUUCCGAUGAAAAGAACUGCGAUGUUGGUGGCAGCAAUAACAGUUGCGACGGUUUUCUAUGCAAGUCCAUGGAAUGCAUUCCUCCCAGAUGGGUCUGUGAUGGAUCUCAAGACUGCAAAGAUGGUUCUGAUGAACACGAGUGCAAAAACACUACUACUGCCAAAAUCGCCUCGACUUGUUUAGUGUCUAAAGGUCACUUCUUGUGUGGAAACGGAACUUGCUUAGAUCCAAAGUUGGUGUGUGACAAUAAAACAGACUGUCCCAAUGGAGAAGAGGAAGGAUCCCACUGCAAUUAUACUUGUGCAAAACACAGAUGCUCUCAAAAAUGUAUGAGAACCCCGGAAGGUCCUGCUUGUUACUGUAAUCCUGGCUUUCACUUACACAAAGACAAUAAGACUUGUCUAGAUAUAGACGAAUGUCGAGUAGAAGGCUAUUGCAGUCAGAAAUGCGAAAACAAGCCUGGAGGCGCUGUCUGUAGUUGUUACGACGGUUAUUCCCCUGUCAACAACAUUUGCCUUGCUUUAGGCGAAGAUCCACUCUUAAUAUUCAGCGAUUCUAUUAGUAUUGUCGCUCUACCGUUGAGAAAUGCAUAUAAAUUUCCCAUAAUUCACCAUGGAAGUUCGACUUUUGGCCUGGAUUUCGACAUAGUAGAGAAUAGAGUAUAUUGGACGAAAAGUGGACCCCAAAAAAAUGCUUCUAUUGUUUCCGUAAAUAUCAGAUCUUCUGACGAUAUUAGAAACGAAGUCUCCAUAGGUUUGGAAAAUCCUCAAGAUAUCAGAAUAGACUGGGUAGCUAGAAACAUCUAUAUAGUUGAUCAUGAUCUGGGAUCAAUUAUAGUAUGCAAAUUGAAAGCCGAAUUAUGUCUAGUACUCGUUGAAAACAUUACAAAUCCCAGAGCCCUAGUUUUGGAUCCUUCUUCCGGGUUCAUGUACUGGAGUGCAUGGGGGACAGAUGCUGCAAUCUACAAACAAGGCAUGGACGGGAGUCAGAAGACACUUUUUGUUUCAAAACACCUAAUUUGGCCGAAUGGUUUAGCAUUGGAUAAAGUUGGCAACAUGUUAUAUUGGACUGAUGGUAAAGAUAUGUCUAUAAGCAGGAUAAACUUGAAUGGAUUACAUAGAAAGAAAAUUGUUCACAGUAGAAUAUUUCGCCCUCAUUCAAUCGCUGUUUUCGAAGAUUACAUAUAUUGGACUGACUGGGAGAAAUUCUCAAUAGAAAGAUGUAAUAAAUUUACAGGCAAAAACCACAUCAUCCUCCAUAAGGAUGUUAACACACCCUUUGGAACUGUCACCGUAGUACAUCCUGUCCUCUAUGGGAACUUUAACAACCCGUGCAGAACGAGUGCCUGCAGUCAUUUGUGCCUCAUAGCUCCUGGAGGAGGUUAUACUUGCGCUUGUAUUAAAGGAUUCUUCUUAUCUUCUGACGGGAGAACUUGUCUCGUUGACUUGGAUGCUCCCCGUUUAUAUCUGAUAGAAGACAGAGAUAUCUAUCAAAUAGCAACUAAAGCUGCGAAUAACAACAAACCUUUCCCAGUUCCUGUUGUGACAGGUCCUGUAGCUGAUUUGACAUACGAUCCAGAAACCAGAGUGUUGUAUAUAGGAGAGAACGAAAAGCAAAGGAUAUCUGCAGUGCAUGUAGCCAAUUACAGUAAAAAGGUUGUUAUUGAGGGUGCUAUAUCCGAAAUAACUGGACUCGACUACGACUAUGAAGGUGGAAAUAUCUUUUGGACCGAUGGUGACAAAGGCACGAUAGAGGUGGUUGCGAGAAAUGGAUCGUUCAGGAAAACCCUCGUUGGUGGAUUAACGAGACCCAUUGACAUCUCGCUGCAUCCAGAAAAAGGCCUAAUGUUUGUAGCUGUCUUGGGACACGAAUCGCAGGUGCUCUUGUUCGAUAUGACUGGCGAAAAUCGAAGAAAAAUUAACAAAGCUGACGGUUUCUACAUGUCUGUCUUCGUCGAUAGGAGUGGCAACAGACUAUAUUGGGCCGAUACAUUUGGGGAAAGAAUCUUAAUGAGGGAACUUGAGCCCGAAAGCAGUUCCAAAAUCGCAGUUCUCAAUACUGGUCACGUCAUAUCUAUCGCAGUCGAUGACCGAAAUAUAUUUUGGUUGGAUGGAGAACAUCGUGCAUUAAAUUUUGUGACCAAAAAUUUGAAUCCUAAAACCGUAAUUUAUGGCAAUCAAGAGAAACUGCACGUAAAUAGAAAACUAGUCUACGUCAACCCACUAAUUACCAAGAAAGGAACUUGUGCCGCUUCAAGAUGUACUCAGCUAUGUCUUCUUUCACCUUCUGGUUACGUUUGCUCUUGUCGAACUGGCUUCACGUUGUCUAGUGACAAACGCUCUUGCGAAGUUGUUGCUAACUGCUCUUCGACAUCUUUCCGGUGUGGGAAUGGAAAAUGCAUAGCAAAGGAUAAGAAAUGUGACGGAAGAACGGAUUGUCUGGAUGGUACUGAUGAAGUAGAUUGUCCGUUAACGUGUGGGAGUGGCGACUUUCGUUGUGCCAACGGGAGAUGCAUUAAUAUAGGAUGGCGGUGUGACGGUACUAAUGAUUGUGAAGAUAAUUCUGAUGAAGAAAAUUGUGCCUCUACAAAGCAGAUUCCGCCUGCUUACUGUCCUCCCACACACGUUCGGUGUAAGAAUGGCUCUUGCGUUCCUCCCGAGUUGCUGUGUGAUCUUACCCCAAACUGUCCUGACGGAGAUGAUGAAAAUGUGACUUAUUGCGCUAGUCGUCAGUGUCCUCAUGAUAUGGUGCGUUGCAACAGCGGCCAGUGUAUUCCGGACAGUUGGAAAUGUGAUGGCGAAAAAGAUUGUUUCGAUAAUACGGAUGAAGACAAUUGCAGCAAGGCCAUGACAUGUAAUGCUGAUGAGUUCCGAUGUGAAGAUGAUCUAUGCAUUCCUAAAAGUUUGGUCUGCGACACCUUCAAUGACUGUCUUCUCGGAGAAGAUGAAACUAAUUGCAGUCACGGCUGUCCGAAAGGCAAGUUUAAAUGCCAAGAUGGUAAAACAUGUAUUUAUCAAAGAGAUAGGUGUGACAAAAUAAAAGACUGCCCUGAUGGCGAUGAUGAACUUGAUUGCGCCGUAAAAUGCGAAAAGUUUGAAUUUUCUUGUCACUCGGGUGAGUGCAUUCCUUUGUCUUGGCAAUGCGAUGGUUCCCCGGAUUGCGCAGACGGAAGUGACGAAGAUCUUCCCCAAUGUCAUCAUACAACAGCAACUACUACUACUUUGAGUCCCUUAAAAUUUUCUUCCUGUCCAGAAACCAUGUUUAGGUGCCAGUCCGGUACAUGCAUUACCCUGGAUAGAGUUUGUGACGGAAAAGCAGAUUGUUACGAUUUCUCGGACGAGGGAGAUCACUGUAAGGACACGUGUGGUUCGAACAACCAUGGAUGCGCCCACAUUUGUGUUCAUGGACCAGAAGGACCAUUCUGUCAAUGUCAUGAAGGUUUCGAGUUAGGCGCCGAUAAAAUGUCCUGUUCGGAUGUCGACGAAUGUCAGCAACUGGGUUCUUGUAGCCAGUUCUGCCUUAAUACAAAAGGCAGUUACAUGUGCGCGUGCUACGAAGGCUACUCGCUGCAACACAAUGGACAAUGCAAAGCUAUCGGAGGCAUCUUGGUGUUGUUUAUGUUAGUUCGGAAUGAUAUUAGAUCUAUAGACUUGAUGCAUCACCACGAAAGCAUCUUAGUUAAGGACAUACACAACAUUAAGGGAAUGGAUUUCGUAGACUCAGAAGACGACAGUGUAAUCAUUUGGGGUGAUGCAGAAAAGGAAUCCAUCAUGUAUUUUUCCCUGAAAAACCUUACGAUGGGCGUACUACUUAAUACUUCGGACAAUGUGAUUCUAGUAGCCUACGAUUGGGUUGGACUGAAUUAUUACUACGUUUGUGAUUACGCGAUACAUGUUUGUAACAACAAAGCUUAUUGCGCCACAAUCUUAGAUGGUGAAAACAUCAAUACGUUCACGCUCGUGCCUACCGACGGAAUAAUGUUCAUUGGUCUUGUUAAUGCAAUAAGUAGAAUGGAUAUGGAUGGAAGCAAAUAUCGGGAAAUAGUUUCUCACAAAGUAGUGAAUCCCUCUGCCAUUGCCGUAGAUAGAAUGUUAAAACACAUAUACUGGGUGGAAUUUAAACGUGAUGUAAUCUCUUCUGUCGAUUAUAACGGAGACAAAUUACGGAUUGUGACCUCGAAAGCAAAGCUUCCUUUCGCUCUGUCAUUGUUCGAGGAUUACUUAUACUGGUCUGAAUGGGAGGUGACUCAUAUUUACAGGUGCAACAAAUUCAAUUGUGAACAUCCACUCAUCAUCGCUCAGAGUGGGAGCAUAGUGCGGCAACUGCUUGUUUUUCAUCCUGUGCUUCGUCGAAGAGUUCGCAAUCCUUGUGAACAAAGUCCUUGUGACCAACUUUGUCUGCUAAUACCCAACAAUCGUGUGUGCAAAUGUAGUGAUGGCUUCAAUCUAGUAUCUGGCCGAUGUGAAGAAACUUGCACGCCCGAUUACUGCUACAACGAAGGAUCAUGCGAAAUCGUAGGAACGACUAAACAAUGCAACUGUUUAAUUGGCUAUGAAGGUGAGAGAUGCGAGAACGAAAUUCAAAGCAUGACAGCANAUAUU